CCUUUUCAAAAGUUUUGAAAUAGUAAAGUUAAGAUUGGUGUAAAAUUAACGUUCAAGGUUGAUUCUAUGUAAUGUAGAAAGACAUAAGAUUGCGACGCGCAUCGAUUGGGCUCAUCUCCCAUAUUCUGGUUCCUGAUAAAAUAUGUCACAGCAUUAUAAAAACUUUCUCAGCCUUCUGGAGCGUUGGCCGGUUGACAAAAGUAAAGUUGGUCGUGAUUUAGGCCAGUACCUGCGAGAUCAACUCACAACAGUACUGGGAUCUUCAAACAUCAUUGCUGUUAAGGACGAUCGGCUUAACCGACAAUUUCGAGCACUAGAAAAAAUCGUAAACGACGUCCACGCGAACCGCCAUCCGCGGACGCUGCACUCUACUGCAACCGGGCUCUCUGGAGAACAGUGCCGUGAAGUAUUAUCCACGGAGUUUCUCGAGAUACUACAGAAGAAAAAUUAA